CGGUCCCGCCCCCCUCCCCCUCCGGGCGCCGCAGUGCGCCGGGACCGAGCGGGGCCGAAAAGAGCCGGAAAAAGCCGAAGAGGAGCCGAGAGCCGGCGAACGGCGGGGCCGGAAAGAGCCGAACGGCGGGGACGGAGCGGGACCGAAAAGAGCCGAAGCGGAGCCGAAGCGGAACCGCAGCGGACCCGCCUGAGGGUCCGGCCAUGCCUUGAAGCGGCUCCUGCGACCCGUCCCGGGCUCUUCCUCCUCGCCCUCCUCCUCCUCGUCCUCCUCCUGCGGCGGGGGAGGGGCCCAUGGGCCGGGCAGGGGGCUGAGGGGGCCGGAGACGCUGAACUGGGCCCAAACUGGGCUGAACUGGGCCGAACUAGGCCGGAGAAAUCGGAACCGGGCCGAAAAGAGCCGAACUUGUCCGGAAAGAGCCGAAGCGGGCGCGGAGGAGCAGAAGUAAGGACGGAGCUGUACGGAAAGAACCGAACCGGGACGGAAAUAACCGAACGGGACCGAAAAGAACCGAACUGGGCCGGAAGUAAGCGAAGAGGGCCGGAAGUAGAGGAAGGGAGAGCGGGGAGGGUCGGAAAGAACCGAACCGAGCCCGAACUGGGUCGGAAAGAGCCGAAGGUGUCCGGAAAUUGCCGAAGUGCCGCCAUGUUGCUGUCGCUGCUCCUCGGGCUCCUCGAGGUUUCGGGGGCCCUGGGGGGGUGCGUGGAGGUGGCCUCGGGCACCGAGGCCGUGCUGGGGGCGCCGUUCCGGCUGCUCUGCAUCGCCUGCAAGCGCCGCAGCGAGACCCCGGCCGAGGCCGAGAGCGAGUGGUUCUUCCGGCCCGAGGGGGCGCCCCAGUUCGAGAAGAUCCUGCACUACAGCCCCGAGGAGGGCGAGUGGGUGGCGCCAGGGCCGUUUCUGGGGGUGCUGUCCUGGAACGGCUCGCGGGGCACGCGGGACCUGCAGGACCUGUCGGUGUGGCUGCAGGCCGUGCAGCACGGCCACGCCGGGCACUACGUGUGCCGCCUGAAACGCAACCUCACCUUCGAGGGCUACACCUACAGCCUGGCCAGGAACCAGACCCUGCGGCUGGCCGUGGUCGAGAAAGCGCGCCGGGACCUGGCCUCCAUCGUCUCCGAGAUCCUGAUGUACGUGCUCAUCGUGGUGCUCACGCUCUGGCUCGCCGCCGAGAUGCUCUACUGCUACCGCAAGGUGGCGGCCGCGGCCCCGCCCCCCGACAGCGCCUCGGAGUACCUGGCGAUCACCUCGGAGAGCAAAGAGAACUGCGGCGGCCCCGCGGCCACCGAGUGACCACGAGUGACCACCGAGUGACCACCGAGUGACCACUGAGUGACCUCUGACCCCUGAGUGACCCUGAGUGACCACGAGUGACCCUGAGUGACCUCUGACCCCUGAGUGACCCUGAGUGACCACGAGUGACCACGGAGUGACCUCUGACCCCUGAGUGACCCUGAGUGACCCCUGAGUGACCCUGAGUGACCACUGACCCUGAGUGACCCUGAGUGACCCUGAGUGACCCCUGAGUGACCACGAGUGACCACGGAGUGACCACUGACCCUGAGUGACCCCUGAGUGACCCUGAGUGACCCCUGAGUGACCCCUGAGUGACCUCUGACCCCUGAGUGACCCCUGAGUGACCCCUGAGUGACCCCUGAGUGACCACGGAGUGACCCCUGAGUGACCCCUGAGUGACCCUGAGUGACCUCUGACCCCUGAGUGACCCUGAGUGACCCCUGAGUGACCCUGAGUGACCCCAGGCCCCCCCCUGCAAUAACCCCUCGGGGGGGACCCCCCCGACCCCUCCCCCAGCCCGGAAUUUGGGGAAAAAUCCCAAAAGUUUGAGGCGAAAAAUCCCCCAAAAUUUGAGUGGAAAAGUUCCGAAAUUACAGGAAAAACAAAAAAUCCCCAAAUUUGAAAGGAAAAAAAUCCCAAAAUUUGGGGAAAACUUCCAAAAAAAUUUAGGGAAAAAUCUGAAAAAUGUGCGGGAAAGGAAUUCCCAAGAUUUUGGGGGAAAAAAAUCCCAAAGUUUUUGGGGGAAAACCUCCCGGAAUUUGGGCAAAAAUUCCUUCAAAAUUCGGGAGAGAAUUUUCCGAAUUGAUUCAAAAUAAUCCCAAAUUUGGGGCGAAUUUCCCCAAAGUUUGGGGGAAAAUCCCCCAAAAUUGGGAGAAAAUCCCCCCAAAAUUUCGGGGGGAAAAAUUCCCAAAAUUUCACGGGAAAUCCCCCAAAAUUUGGGGGAAAGAAUCCAAAAUUUGGGACGAACGAAUCCCCAGAUUUUUGGGAGAAAUCCCCAAAAUUUGGGAUCAAAUUCCCCAAAUUUGGGCCCAUCCCCCCCCCCCCCCCCCCGUGUGAGAGGCGUGUGCAUGCAAAUGAGCUGUAUGGAAAUGAGCUGUAUGCAAAUGAGAUAUUUAAAUGAGCAAUACUCGAAUGAGUUAGGACAAGAACCUCGACAGCACUUUAUGCAAAUGAGGGGGCGUGGCAAUAUAGAGGAUGGUUGUAUGCAAAUGAGGCUUGUGUAAAUACAUGUAAAUGAGAUGAUAUGCAAAUGGGAAUGUUGCCAUGUUGUUGAUAUGCAAAUGAGAUGGAGAUGGGCGAUGGGAAUUGUAACCGCGGGUAAAUUAAUAUGUAAAUGAGCUGUACAUAAACAAGCGUUAUGCAAAUGAGCACCGACCCAGCCGCACAAAUGCACAUCUCACUUAAUUGUGAUAUGCAAAUGAACAUGCAAAUGAGGCGGGGCAUGCUACUGAGCACCGAGCACCGUAUGCAAAUGAGCACCGCCGUGUCAACACAUCGCUGUAUGCAAAUGAGCGCCCGUAUGCAAAUGAGUGCCAUAAUUAACGGAUUAAUUGUGCCAAGCCCCGAUAUGUAAAUGAACAUGCAAAUGAACAUGCAAAUCAGCCUGA